AUGCCAGAAUCAUUGUCGUCUCAUGGAUCGAGAGAUAUAUAUUCCAGUAUCUCUCUGAAUGACCAGAGCAUGGACAACUCUUCGAUGAAAGCUAUUUAUGAAACAGAUAUGAUGGAUAGUAGCGAAGCUGGGGAUCAGGACGGGGACAACGAGCCCUUAUCUGCAACGAUCUCUAGGCCACUUUCAAGAUCAAGUGUAACCUCAGGUUUAUCGAUGACAGCUACAAAAGACGGUGUUGAAGGAAGGCGGGUACAAAGAUACGGAAUUCCCCAGUAUUCCCUUAAUAUUUUAAAUUCGAUGUCACAGAGUCAUUGGAAGCCAAAGAAAAAUGGUCUAGAGGAUGUGGAUUCACCAAUAGGUCCACCAAUGAGCCUUCGGGAUAGGAUCAAGCUUUUGAGUACAGACACCUUAUCAAGAACUACUAUUAAUGACAGUAGGCAGGAUUCUAACUCAAUCGAGAGCUCAUCUCGUGACUCCCCGCUUUAUUCAAGGCAGUAUCAGCAGCAGCCUAGAGAACUUGAAGAACAUUUGUUGGAUAGUUUUAAUACCACGCUGACCCCUAGGGCUAACAGCGAACUUGAUAGUAACUUGAGCACGAUGGGUGACGAUAUGUCUUAUCUACAUGAUAUGAAGAGCAUCCCCUCAGUUCUGGUAGCUGUCGAUAGUGAUAAUGACUAA